AUGCCCCCCACUCGCCAGCGUACCUUUCGUCCCAAAAGCCAAAUACGCAACGGUGCACUGUUGGCCGUCUCGGAAGCGGCCAAACUCAUCAACGUCCCGCUCGCUCAGGACGUAGCCAAGCACGUCAAACAGCUCAUAGUUGCUCUCAAGGCACCUAAAACAAACGACUCGGACGCUCAGAAUUUGGCGAACCAGGUAAAGGGGCUGAAAGAUGUUCUGGAAAUACCUAUUCAGCACCUUGAAGACUCUGGGGUUAACGCAGUCGGGCCGUAUAGAGACAUGCUUGAAGAGCUUUGUGAGUUUCAGACACUAUUGUCAACUACUUAUACAGAGCUCCAAAAAAUCCAGGAAUCUUCUUAUACAAACAAGCUAGCAUCUCAAGCAGAAAUUCGAGAGCGCAUUUUACAUCUAAAAGAAGAACUAUCGCGCACAAUCGCCGAUUUUACUCUACGACUACUGGUCAUCAUGCUCGCUUCAAGCGCACAAGGUCAAAUUUUGGUAACGCGCCAUUUGAACUCGGCAGCGCAAGAGCACAAGAGUCUGGUCCGCAAACAUGAUAUCCUUGUACGCGAGCACAGAGCACUCGUGCGGGAUGCUCGGCAACAUCGACGUAUGUCGGAUAAACGUAUCCGGGGCCUGAGACACCAGGUCAAUGCGGUGCUCCUCAUGAGGCGAAGUGACGAACGAAUUGCCUAUUUGGUACUAGCGAGCGGCGUUUUUUUUUUUAACCCCUAG